CCGCCGGUCGCCAAUGGAGUCCGACCUGCGGCGCCGGGUGUUCGUGACACGUGGGAUGCAUGCAAGGCGCUUCGGCAUGUGCAACUGCGAUGUUCAGUGGACCUCCACGGUGGGUUGCCCAUCUCGAGCAACGCGGACGGCGGAGGAUGGUCCGCCGUGAAGGAUACCGAAGCCCAUUGGCCGUAUUCGGCGACUGUUUUAAGGCUCGGCAGCUCUUAAACGCAGAUCGACUCACUGGCAAGUAGGUUGGAGUGGCCGGAACAGCGUUAGCUGCAGUUGCCCCGGGUAACUCCUUGCUGGACGCCCCGUUCCUUGUUCAAAAAGAGAGGACACAGGCCUCCAAAUCGAGCCCUUUUUGCGGCGAUCAUUUAGGGUUUACGAUCCGCGAGACCCGCGCCUAUAUCAAGCGUCUCCAACCAACGAGAGGAAGCGGUUGAAGUCUCGUCCGGACUCUCGGAGGACAAGAACUCGAAACGCAAAAGACUGUUUAGUGAGGAAGAAAAAGAUCUUGAGGGUUUCCGGAGAUUUCUUGGGGUGACAAGAUGGAGCAGAAACAUAUCGUCAUGUCGGCGCUGGGACUUGGGCUCGGCCUCGGCGUCGGGCUGGGGUUGGCGUCGGGGCAGACGGUGAGUAGGUGGGCGGCACCGCAACCAGGAUCUUUCUCCGGUGUGACGUGCGAGAACAUUGAGCAGGAAUUGAAGAGGCUGGUCGUGGAAGGGAAGGACAGCAAAGUUACUUUCGAUCAAUUCCCCUAUUAUCUCAGUGAGCAGACUCGAGUAAUACUGACAAGUGCAGCCUAUGUUCAUCUGAAGCAAGCAGAUUUUUCUAAGUACACUAGAAACCUUUCUCCUGCAAGUCGUGCUAUUUUAGUAUCUGGCCCUGCAGAACUUUAUCAGCAGAUGCUUGCUAAAGCUUUGGCUCACUAUUUCGAGGCAAAGUUGCUGUUGCUAGAUAUUACUGAUUUUUCACUUAAGAUACAAAGCAAAUACGGAAGUGCCCCUAAAGAUUCUACAUUUAAAAGAUCCAUAUCUGAGACAACACUUGAGCGAAUGUCUGGUUUAUUUGGGUCUCUUUCAAUCAUGCCUCAGAGAGAGGAACCAAAAGUUACUAGAAAUUUGCACAGGCAAAGCAGUGGUUUUGAGAUAAAUGCAAGGUCGGAAAGCACCAGUAAUGCGCCAAAGCUUCGAAGAAAUGCCUCUGCUUCAGCUGAUAUGAGUUGCCUAGGGACACAAUGCCCUCCUCUUAAUCCAGCUCUUCUCAAACGAACCAUAAGCUGGUCUUUUGAUGAGAAACUACUUGUACAGUCACUUUACAAGGUUCUGCAUUCAAUAUCCAAGAACAGUCCUAUUGUCCUAUAUUUAAGGGAUGUUGAUAGUCUUCUAUUUAUUUCUAAAAGAAUGUAUUCCCUGUUCGAGAAGUUGUUGAAAAGGAUAAGCGGACAAGUGUUGAUACUUGGUUCAAGGAAGGUGGAAGCAGGAAGUGACUUUAGAGAAGUGGAUGAAAAGUUGAGUCUUUUGUUCCCAUACAAUAUAGAGAUUAAGCCACCUGAAGAUGAGACUCACCUUGUUAGCUGGAAAGCCCAAUUGGAAGAAGACAUGAAAAUGAUUCAAUUUCAAGACAACAGAAACCACAUUACCGAGGUACUUGCAAGAAAUGAUCUUGAUUGUGAUGAUCUGGGUUCAAUCUGCCUCACAGACACAAUGGUUCUUAGUAAAUACAUAGAGGAAAUUGUAGUGUCAGCAAUUUCAUACCACUUGAUGAAUAACACAGAUCCUGAAUACAGAAAUGGAAAACUUGUAAUCUCUUCAAAGAGUCUAUCCCAUGCAUUAAGCAUAUUCCAAGAAAACAAGCUAAAUGCUAAGGGAACUGCACAGCUUGAGGGAAGUGCUGAUUCAAUGAAGGAAUCUGGAAAAGAAGACUCAACAAGUGCCAAAAAAUCUGAGACAAAAACCGAAGCUUCACCUCCUGAAAGUAAAACUGAAUUAGAUAAGUCUGUUCCUGUAGUGAAGAAGGACAGUGUCGUUCCAUCUCAACCGCCAAAAGCACCUGAAGUUGCUCCUGACAAUGAAUUUGAAAAGCGGAUCAGACCAGAGGUUAUCCCAGCAAGUGAAAUUGGAGUGACAUUCGAUGAUAUAGGUGCCUUGGAUGAUAUCAAGGAAUCACUUCAGGAGCUUGUUAUGCUUCCUCUUCGUAGGCCAGACCUCUUUAAAGGUGGUCUUCUUAAGCCUUGCAGAGGAAUAUUACUGUUUGGGCCACCUGGAACAGGGAAGACAAUGCUUGCUAAGGCUAUAGCGAAUGAAGCUGGUGCAAGUUUCAUAAAUGUUUCCAUGUCUACCAUCACUUCAAAAUGGUUUGGAGAAGAUGAGAAAAAUGUUAGAGCAUUAUUUACCCUGGCUGCAAAAGUUUCCCCUACUAUUGUUUUUGUUGAUGAGGUUGAUAGCAUGCUUGGGCAACGAAGCAGGGUUGGUGAACAUGAAGCAAUGAGGAAAAUAAAAAAUGAAUUUAUGACUCAUUGGGAUGGAUUGCUGACAAAGCCAGAGGAACGUAUUCUUGUUCUUGCAGCAACGAACAGACCUUUUGAUCUUGAUGAAGCAAUUAUUAGGAGGUUUGAGCGCAGAAUAAUGGUUGGUCUACCAUCCCAGGAGAGCAGGGAACUUAUUCUGAGGACGCUUUUGUCAAAGGAGAAGGUUGAAGAAAAACUCGACUUUAAGGAGCUUGCAACAAUGACAGAAGGGUACAGUGGCAGUGAUCUUAAGAACCUGUGCACCACAGCAGCAUAUCGUCCUGUCAGGGAGCUGAUUCAGAAAGAAAGACUCAAGGAAUUGGAGAGGAAGAAAAAGGCUGAAGAUAAUCAAGCAGAGGCUUCAGAAACAAAGGCAGAAGAUAGAGAGGAAACAAUUGUCCUAAGACCAUUAAACAUGGAAGACAUGAAGCAGGCAAAGAACCAAGUUGCGGCGAGCUUCGCAGCCGAGGGGUCCAUCAUGAGCGAGUUGAAGCAAUGGAACGAGUUAUAUGGCGAUGGUGGCUCACGAAAGAAGCAGCAGUUGACUUACUUCCUAUGAGAUGUUCGCCACACUUCUUUUCUGCUGAUAAAGCAUAUCGUGAAGAUGGCUAAAAUGACACACAAAGCAGCCUUGACAUCACAAAGAAGAUGGUGGAAUUCAUGAGAGCAUAGAUUAGUUGAUCUUCAUCAAGUUAACUUAGUUUGGCUGCAUCAUCUAGCGAAGGUGUCAUUGGAUUGUACUCGUUUUCCCUGUAAUAUGUUUUUUACUUCAAAUUAUUUAAAUUAAAGCUUAUGUGCAGUUGAGAAUAA